ACUUGAAGAAGAAGCAACAGCUGUGUCGGCCUGCCUAACGGUGUCGAAGUCGGUAUCGGUGCCAAGCGAGAUUAGUGCAAAUGAGAAGCUUAGUGCCACAGCAAGCAUGGGGAAUGCAGGCAGCAGCAACCACGGCCGCAACAGCAGCCGCCGUCGCAGUAGCAGCAGCAGCAGCAGCACCAACAGCAGCCGCAACAAAUCAUUACAAAAACACCACAGUGAGAUUUUGACAAUGAGCAAGGAUACGGAAGCGCACAGCAUUCCCAUAGCGGAGGGCACAAAUGCCGAGCAUGUGCUCUAUCGCUUGAAACGUGGCUCCAAGCUAUGUGUUCAUCCGGAUGUCUCUUUGCUGGGCCGCAAGAUUCGGCUGCUCACCAAUUAUCCUGCCGAGGGUAAGAAGUUUGUGCGCACGGAAUAUCGUGUCCUGGGAUGGCAACUCAAGGAUGGCAAGCAGGUUACAUCCGUGGAGCAUCCGGAAGUGCAUGUGGUGGACACAGAUCUCUACAGCGAGUUGCUGUUGAAUAUGUCGGGCACAUUUCGUUUCUACUUUACCUUUGCCGAUCGUGAUGGAGAAACAAGUGAUUCACCUGAUGGCGCUUUGUAUGUGCAGGUGGAGCCCACCUUACAUGUGGGUCCAGUGGGUGCCCAGAAGGUAAUUCCCCUUAAUUCGGUGCGCUGCCAAACGGUGAUGACCAAACUGCUGGGUCCACUCCACACCUGGGAGGCUAAACUACGCGUGGCCAAGGAAUCUGGCUAUAAUGUCAUUCACUUUACGCCCAUUCAAGAGCUGGGAGGAUCACGUUCUGGUUACUCGCUACGUGAUCAGCUUCGUGUCAGCUCGAAUUUCGCUGCAAAGAAGGGCGACAAGGUCACUUUCGAGGAUGUUGAGAAAGUUGUCAAGAAAUGCCGACAGGAAUGGGGCGUCGCUUCCAUUUGCGAUAUUGUGCUGAAUCACACGGCAAAUGAAUCGGAGUGGCUGGUGAAGCAUCCGGAUGCCACGUAUUCCUGUGCCACCUGCCCCUAUUUGCGUCCCGCUUUCCUGCUCGACGCUGCAUUUGCAUUAUGCGGCGCAGAUAUUGCCGCUGGCAGUUUGGAGCAUGUGGGAGUGCCUCAGAUCAUCGAUCAGGAAUGCCAUUUGGAAGCUUUAAAAUACCAAUUGCAUACGACUUAUCUGUCCAAGGUCAAUAUUCACGAGCUGUAUCAGUGCAAUGUCAUGAAGUAUGUGAAUGAGUUCAUGUCGCAGGUGCGCAACCGUAAGCCGCCCCAGAAUGUGGCAAAGCAAUCGCGUUUCAACGAGAUCAAGCUGAUACAGGAUCCGGAAUAUCGACGCUUGGGUAGCACCAUUGAUUUCGAGUUGGCAUUGGAGGUCUUUAAUGCUUUCCAUGGCGACUGUUUCGAUGAGGAGUCGCGAUUCCGCAAAUGUGCCGAGACACUGCGUCAACAUCUCGAAGCCCUCAAUGAUGCUGUGCGCGAGGAGAUAAAGGGAUACCUCAACUAUUCCAUUAACAAUUGCCUGGCCGGCGUGAGAUACGAUCGCGUCCAGGCAGAUGGACCGCGUGUGCGUGAAAUCUCCAUAAAGCAUUCCGUGUUCAUGACGUACUUUACACAUACGGGCACGGAGGGUAAAUCUCUGCUGGAGAUUGAGCAGGAUAUGUACGGGAAGGCGGGUGCAUUCUUCAUGGCCCACAAUGGCUGGGUCAUGGGCUCCAGCGAUCCCCUGCUGGACUUUGCCGAGGAGCAACCCAGUCGUGCCAAUGUCUAUCUUAAGCGGGAGCUCAUCGCUUGGGGCGACAGUGUCAAGCUGAGAUUCGGCAAGCGACCGGAGGACAGUCCAUAUUUGUGGCAACACAUGACCGAGUAUGUGGAGACAACCGCUCGCAUUUUCGACGGUGUCCGUCUGGACAACUGCCACUCGACGCCGUUGCAUGUGGCCGAGUAUCUGCUGGAUGCGGCACGCAAAAUCAAUCCCGAGUUGUAUGUCGUCGCCGAGCUCUUCACCAACUCCGAUGGCACUGACAAUGUCUUUGUGAAUCGUCUGGGCAUUACUUCGUUGAUUCGGGAAGCACUUUCUGCUUGGGAUUCCCAUGAGCAGGGUCGUCUGGUAUAUCGUUAUGGUGGCUCUCCCGUCGGUGGCUUCUAUGCGAAUCCAAUCCGCGAUGUGGCUCCGUGCGUGGCACAUGCUCUCUUCAUGGACCUGACGCACGACAAUCCUUCAGCCGUGGAGAAACGUUCGGUCUACGAUCUGCUGCCCUCCUCCGCCUUGGUGUCCAUGGCAUGUUGCGCCACAGGCAGCAAUCGAGGCUACGAUGAGCUCGUGCCACAUCAUAUUCAUGUGGUCGACGAGGAACGCGCUUAUCAGGAAUGGGGCAAGGGUGUUGACUUUAAGACGGGCAUUGUGGCCGCCAAGCGUGCUCUGAAUAUUCUACAUGGCCAGCUGGCGGAGGAAGGUUUCAGCCAGGUGUAUGUGGAUCAAAUGGACCCCAAUGUGGUUGCUGUGACACGUCAUUCACCCACCACCCACCAGACGGUUAUUCUGGUGGCACAUACCGCUUUUGGUUAUCCAAGUCCCAACGCUGGAGCAACUAAUGUGCGUCCGCUGCGAUUCGAGGGUGUGCUGGACGAGAUUAUACUCGAGGCAAAUCUGACCAUGAAGAGCGACAAGCCGUUUGACCGUCCAGCGCCCUUUAAGAAGGACGAGCAUGUCAUCAACGGCUUUACACAGUUCCAAUUGUCCCUGCAGGAGCACAUACCACUCAGCAAGUCCCAAGUGUUUGAAACGAGCUCCUAUGUGGAUGGCAACAACACGCAGCUCAACUUUGCCAAUCUCCGACCCGGCACAGUGGUUGCCAUCCGGGUUUCCAUGCAUGCAUCUGCCCGCAACAGUUUCGAUCGUCUGCAGAAAAUAACGAAUGUACUGCGAGUUGAAUCUGGUUCGCAGUGUGCGGAUCUGCAGGCGAUUGUCUCCAAGUUGGAUUUACCUGCACUGAGUCGCGCUCUCUUCUGCUGCGAUCAGGAGGAACGUGACUUGGGAUUGGGUGGCUCCGCCUAUGAUAUUCCCAACUUUGGUCCCAUUGUCUAUUGCGGCCUGCAAGGAUUUGUUUCACUGCUAACGGAGAUCUCACCACGCGAUGAUUUGGGACAUCCAUUGUGCAACAAUCUGCGUGAUGGCAACUGGAUGAUGGAUUACAUUGCGGAUCGCCUGAACAACUUUGAGGACUUGAAACCGCUUUCUGUCUGGUUGAAGGCAACCUUUGAGCCGCUGAAGAAUGUGCCACGCUACCUCGUACCUUGUUACUUUGAUGCCAUUGUGAGCGGAGUUUACAGUGUACUCGUUAAUCAGGUUAAUCAAUUGAUGCCCAGCUUUAUUCGAGAUGGUCACCACUUUAGCCAAGCUCUGGCGCUCUCAACGCUGCAGUUUCUGGCCGUCUGCAAGUCUGCCAAUCUGCCUGGAUUUAGUCCAGCCAUUAGCCCACCAAAGCCGCCCCAGCAAUGUGUUACAUUGUCUGCCGGUCUGCCCCACUUCUCCACCGGUUAUAUGCGCUGUUGGGGACGUGACACGUUCAUUGCCCUGCGUGGCACAAUGCUGUUGACAGGCAGAUUCCAUGAGGCACGUUUCAUCAUUCUCGGCUUUGCAGCUGCCAUGCGUCAUGGCCUGAUACCGAAUCUGUUGGACAAUGGAAGCAAGCCACGUCUCAAUUGCCGCGAUGCGGUUUGGUGGUGGUUGCACAGCAUUAAACAGUACGUCGAGGAGGCACCCAAGGGCGGGGAUAUUCUCAAGGAUAAGGUGUCGCGUAUAUUCCCCUACGAUGAUUCGGAGCCUCAUGCGCCGGGCGCCUUUGAUCAGUUGCUCUAUGACGUCAUGCAGGAGGCAUUGCAGGUGCACUUCCAAGGAUUGCAGUAUCGCGAACGGAAUGCAGGCCACGAGAUUGAUGCUCACAUGGUGGAUCAGGGAUUUAACAAUCACAUUGGCGUGCAUCCCGAAACUGGCUUCGUUUUUGGCGGCAACAGCGCCAAUUGCGGCACCUGGAUGGACAAAAUGGGCUCGUCCGAGAAGGCGGGCAACAAGGGACGUCCCAGCACACCACGGGAUGGUUCCGCCGUAGAGUUAAUUGGUUUGCAAUACGCCGUGCUGCGAUUUAUGCAGGGACUCGGCGAGCGUCAAGUGAUUCCCUACGGAGGCGUGGAACGCAAGGGUCCUUCGGGAGAGAAGACAAAGUGGACGUACAAGGAAUGGGCAGAUCGCAUACAGAAGAACUUUGAGCAGAAUUUCUUUGUCAAGGACACGGAUACCACAUCGGUGGCCAACAAGAAGGGCAUCUACAAGGACAGCGUUGGUGCCACCCAGGAUUGGACGGACUUUCAGCUGCGUUGCAACUUCCCCAUAACAUUGACAGUUGCGCCGGACUUAUGCAACCCACAAAACGCCUGGCGUGCUCUGGAGCUGGCCAAAAAGCAUCUGCUGGGACCUCUGGGCAUGAAGACAUUGGAUCCCGACGAUUGGAACUAUAGAGCCAACUAUGAUAACUCCAACGAUUCGACAGAUUGCACUGUGGCCCAUGGCGCCAACUAUCAUCAGGGACCCGAGUGGGUUUGGCCCAUUGGUUUUUAUCUGCGAGCACGCCUAAUCUUUGCCAGAAAGUGCGGCUUCCUUGAUGUGGUCAUUGCCGAAACGUGGGCCAUACUGCGUGCCCAUCUUCGCGAGCUGCAGACAUCCCAUUGGCGUGGUCUGCCCGAGUUGACCAACGAUAAUGGCAGCUACUGCAGUGACUCCUGCCGCACCCAAGCCUGGAGCAUAGGCACUGUCCUGGAGGUGCUCAACGAUCUGCAUGCCUUGGGCGCCGAUAAAUAGGCCAAUUAACUUCACAUAUAUUCAACGAAUCUCUCGACUGCAGAGAUAUAUAAUUAUACACUUAACUAAAUUAACCAAGAUAAAAGGAAAACAAAAACAACCUCAUUAUUGGUAGAUGCUACAAAGAAUUUGGUUUAAUGAUUCAAUUAAUGGGCGUAACCAUAAAGUUAUUUGUUCAAUUUGUUACCAAAGUUGUUGAUCAUCCCAUGCUCUAUUAAAGUUCUUUAAUCUCUA